CCCAAAUACUUUUUUGAAAAUCCUAUUGGUGAUGGAUAAAUUCAUCUCUACUGUAAUAAGUCGCUCAAAAUUUGACCUCCUCCUUUUAAGACUAUGAGAGACUCAGAGAAUCUAAGGUAGUCUCCAAAUGAGAGAGGUUAGAACCUAUAAUAGCUCUGUCUACCCUUUGCAGAACAAUUUCAAUUUUUUUUUUCUUCUGAAGAAAAUAAUUGUAUGAAGAGGUGCACCCAACAUUGUGACCCAUGAGAUUAUUUCCUUAACUUUUUCUAAACAUUUGCUCCCUAUAUAUAUAUAUAUAUAUAUAUAUAUAUAUAUAUCAAAACCUCAAACUCUCCCACAACUUUGAGUCUGAAAUACUGUUCUCUCCUUUAGUGUCCUCAUCAUCUUCUCGUGUUUAAUAAUCUACAAUCAUUUCGGCCAGUGCUUCCACUCCUCCCAAGAGUAAUGGCAUUCUCUAGUGCAUUGCUCAUCUUCGCAUUGCUAACAUUCCUUGGUUUUUCUGCCUCUCAAGGUCCUUCGCAACCACCCGUCGCCACGGUUGUUCCACCUCCAACCACCAUUUCAUUACCACCAGCCAAGUCACCUGGCGCGCCUCCGGGUUCUAUAAGCUCCCCACCGGCACCAUCUGCGCCUGACUCAUCACCUGCAUUGGCCACAUCUCCACCUGCACCGAUGGGACCUUCUACAUCGCCAUCAACAUCACCAUCACCGUCACCAUCUACAUCACCGCGACCUGCAGUCCGAGCCACUCCUUCAAAACCAGAUUCAGGUGCUUUUGUUGUGCAGGGAAGUUGUACUGCUGCUCUGCUUGCAUUGCUUGGAGGAAUUGCACUUCUUGUCUAAACUACUUCUUCUAUGAGUUGUGUCACAGUGAGUUGUUUCCUAUGACAUAUUGUCAGCUACAUUGUUGUAUACCAUAUGGUUUCUGCAUUGCUUGGAUUCAAUGUUUUCCCGUAGUCUUUGUGGAUGAUUCUUUCUUGUGCCCGUAAGUAAUGUUAGGGGAUGAAGAUGGCUAGGAGAUUAAUUCAUGACUCCCUUAUGUAACAAUUUGAAUUAGCCUAAUAAACGCUGUGUUUAUUGCUUGAGUGUAAUUUUGAACCAAUAAAAUUUAGUAAACUACAAAGAGCUGCAG